CACCAUUUGUAACGAUUUGGGAGAAGAAGAGUUUUUAGUCUUAAAUAUUGGCAAAGAGAUGAUCAGAAGUCAGAGUUUACUAGCAAACAGAAAUUGUACUUCCGAUUUAGCCACAAUGAGUGACAACCAUGUGGCACUAGUAGAAAAGCAACAACAAGAACACUGUUGAGCAGAGGUUCAGAUACAAAUAUGUGUGUGUGAAGAAAUCUGAUGUGAUUUGCAGAAGCAUGUGCGAAACCACUCUUGAUAGAAAACUAUUGCUUUGGAACAUGUGAUCAUUUAUUUUCCUUAUUUGAAUUUUCUUAGUGAGCUGAAACAUCAUUUUUACAAACCAGUGAGUUACAGUUUUAUUAGUGAAUAUUCCUGUAUUGGAAAAUGGGAACUCACAGUUAAGAGGAAAUUAUUUAUCAAUCAUUGUAGAAAAUUAGUAACCUCAAAAUACACUUGUCAAUACAGUGUGUCAGUGUGUUCUAAAUCAUUCCCUUGUAGAUUCAAUCUUCAAGUAUAUAUAACAAUGUUGACUACUGAGGAAAAUUUCAGAUGCUUACUUGCGGAUAACAGUAGUCUGAAAAUACAUAUGACAAUCGCAAACUAGUUGUCUUAAAACACAUAGAACAAUGCACACUGAUGAUAAGAAUCAUGAAUGUGAAUAUUCAACUUGGCACAAAGGUAGUCUUGAAACGCACAUGCAAAUACAUACUGGUGAGAAGAAUUAUAAAUGUGAACUUUGUCACAGUUCAUUUUCUCAAAGUGGGGAUCUUAAAAGACAUAUGACAAUACACACUGGUGAGAAGAAUCAUAAAUGUGAAAUAUGUCAUCGUUCAUUUUCUCGCAGUAGUAAUCUUAAAAGACAUAUGAAAAUACACACUGGUGAGAGAAAUUAUCAAUGUGCAAUAUGCCACCGUUCAUUUAUUGAAAAUAGUGAUCUUAAAAUACAUAUGCCAAUUCACACCGGUGAGAAGAAUAAUAAAUGUGCAAUAUGCCACCGUUCAUUUUCUCACAGUGGUAGUCUUAAAAGACACAUGGCAAUACACACUGGUGAGAAGAAUCAUGGAUGUGAAAUAUGUCAUCGUUUAUUUUCUGAAUUUAGUAAUCUUAAAAGACAUAUGAAAAUACACACUGGUGAGAAGAAUCAUAAAUGUCAAGAAUGUCAUAGUUCAUUUUCUCAAAGUGGGGAUCUUAAAAGACAUAUGGCAAUACACACUGGCGAGAAGAAUCAUAAAUGUGAAAUAUGCCAGCGUUCAUUUAAUCAUAGCAGUAAUCUUAAGCAACAUAUGACAAUACACACUGGCGAGAAAAAUCAUAAAUGUGAAAUAUGCCAGCGUUCAUUUAAUCAUAGCGGUAAUCUUAAACAACAUAUAACAAUACACACUGGUGAGAAGAAUCAUAUAUGUGAAAUAUGUCAUCAUUCAUUUUAUCAGAGGAGUGCUCUUAUCAGACAUAUGACAAAACACACUGGCGAGAAGAAUCAUAAAUGUGAAAUAUGCCAGCGUUCAUUUAAUCAUAGCGGUAAUCUUAAACAACAUAUAACAAUACACACUGGUGAGAAGAAUCAUAUAUGUGAAAUAUGUCAUCGUUCAUUUUAUCAGAGGAGUGCUCUUAUCAGACACAUGACAAAACACACCUGCAAGGAGAGUAAUGAAUUUGUCCUUUAGAGAUCGUUGCAGCCAAAAUAGGCAUAUGAAUAUCCAUACUAACAAAAUUACAUACAAAUGCAAAUAUUGCAAUUAUGAGUUCUGUAACUGGUGUGAUAAGCAAAAACAUACGAGAACAUAGUGAGAAAUUUUAUAAAUGUGAUAAAUCAUUUUUAAUGGAAAAAGGUCUUAAAUCACAUGUUGACAUCAUGCACACUUGAUUGAAUAAAAGUGCAUGCGAACUGUUCAAUCAUACAUAUCGUCUAUUAAUUUUGGUACACUGCUGAGACCGGAAGACAUACAUGUAAUGACACAGCAAAAAAAUAUCUUUUUAAAAUAAACUUAUUCAAAGUUUGUCAUUUAUUAUCUUAAGCUGUCUCCAGAACUUUGGAGGAAUUGCAUUUAUGUUCAUUAUAAUUAGAUGUGUUUAUAAAAAAAAAAUAUAUUGUUUUGUUUAACCUUUUUGCUUAUUUCACUAUAUAUCUAUAUUGUCUGCUUUAUUUUUUUAAACUAUUUGAUGAUUACUUUGUAGAUGGACUAUGUAUUAAAAUCAAAUAAAAUACGUUCUGUUCUUUAAAUU